AUGAAAAAGAUGACAUAUAUAAUUUUUAUUUUUUAUAUAUUUCAAAUGAUGUUGCUUUAUGCAAAAGACCCAGACAUAUCUCUUGGAAAUAUAACAGAAUUCAGACAACAACACAGGAAGACUCUGGAUGGAAGACUUUGUGCUGCUGCUUUCCUUCAUGAUGACCAAACAUACACAGAUUGCACAAGUGCACCUUCUCCAGAUGGUACUAGCGGGAGGGAGUGGUGCUAUGUGGAAGUGCAGCUACUAGGAAAGGGAGUGCGGGACUGGGACUACUGCGCUAAUACAGUGAAUUACGAUAAGUUGAGACUGCAUGCAAAGAAAGUGUUUGAAGAGAAGUCGUUAGAAGCAGACAGACUGAGGGAUAGGUUACACGUAUUGAGCAGUCGAGUGUAUAGUAUGCUGCAAAAGUACGAUUCAGUAUGUGGUAAGAAACAUGAACUUAUAAAUAAUCGAAUUGAAAAAAUAAAUGAAUGGUUAAAUAAAAGCGCUGAGUCUAUUGGCCAGAUUGAAAAUAAUUCUAUUGAUUUAUCUAGGACAAAAAAUAUAAUAGAAGAAUUACAAAAGAAUAUGAACAAUGAAAAGGAAAGUUUAAAAGAGGCAGAGGAAAACUGUGCACAUGCACCAGGGUAUGAAAAUGAACCAUAUCAUGAUGGGUUAAGAGUAUCUUAUUUUAAUAAUAGUCUUUUUUUAGGUAUACCAGUAGAAUCGAAAAUUGAAAAAGAAAUAAAUUUUUCUUAUAAUAAUAGAGGACCUUUAGAUAAUUUAUCCCCUUACAAAUAUUCUAUCCGUUAUGAGGGUUUUUUAUUAGCCCCUCAUAGUGGUAUCUAUACGUUUAUUGUAGAGACAGACUGUUAUGUAAGAUUAAGAAUAAACAAUACUAUUAUUUUGUUGUACGGUUUGGAGGAGGUGGAAACUGAGGGAGGAAAGAGCACAAUAUCGUUAUCGUCAUCGUCGUCCUCUUUAUACAGUAAUAUGCCAAAGGGUGUUACAUUCUCUAACUCUAAUGAUGAAGUUAGUAAUGUAGUUAAGAAAAUUUCUAGACCAAUUGAACUUAUGGGAGGCGAAAAGCAUUCAUUCCUUUUGGACAUUUCUCAUUCUUCUCAUUUGAAAUAUAGAAAAGGAGAAUCCAGUUCUUUUAAACUAUUUUGGAAAUCUAGUAGAAUAGAUGAACAAGUAAUUCAAAGUAAUUAUUUUUUUAGUGAUAAUAUUAUUCCCCCUAUUAGAUUUUCCUCCCUAGAUGCACAACUGUUUGAUAUAGGUUUAGUGGAUGUAAACGAAUCUCCAUUUAAAGAUGACAAGAAUUGGAUAAUUAGCCAAAUUGCACCUAAAUAUGUAAGUUUGCAUGUUCUAAAGACAGAUAUAUCCCCUCAAUUUAGACAUUUCUCAUUCUCAGUUAACACAGGAUGCAAUUUAUUUAUAGCAUCUCCUAUUGAUGAUAUUUUUCCUCUAAGUCCAUAUAAAGAUUCCCUGUGGAAAGCAUACGAUACAGAUGAUAUAGUAGAAUUGAAUCACUUGAAAACUAAGAAAAAGAAAAUAUUUAAAAUAAAAUUCAUUUCUUUAAAACAUAGAAGUAUGAUAAAAUUUAAUGUAUCUAUUGAUAUUCCUUUUUUUAUUUUUUCAAAACAGAGAAAAAUAUUACCAACUGUAUGUAGCUCAGAUGAGGAGGAAAAUUUGACUUCUCCUGAUAGCGCAGCUUUUAAAGAAUGCACUCAAUCAUCUGCUCUUUCUAAUGAAUACAACUGCAUUGCUGCAUUGAAUAGUUAUCACAAUGAUAAGAAGUUUACCACUUGGAGAACUGGAAGUGGUAGCACCAUAGGAGAGUAUAUUCAAAUAUAUUUUAAAAAACCUGUACAAGUAAGCAAGUUUAGAUUUAAAGGAAGAGAUAAUAUAUUAACAUGGCCAUCCGAAAUAUCCCUCCAUUUUGAUGAUACAGAAAUAGUAAUUCCUAUAUUGUACACAUCUAGUAUAGAAUAUAAUACAACCAAGUUUGAACACCCUAUCAUUACAACAUCGGUAAAGAUAGUAAUUAGAGAUAUGUUUAUGAAUAAUGAUGAAACUGGUGGUUCCUUUCAACUAAUCGGAAAUUCUUGUACAAUAACAGAUGACGAUUACCUGCUUCAUCAUGCAGUCAUAGAUAUUACUGAUUGUAAGAGCACCUUAAAUAAUAUACCUGAUGUUAUGCCUUUACUUAAUGGAGAUAAAUUUUUAACUACCUGUGAAUAUCAUUGUAUUGAGAAUUUGUAUGGAGAAGUUUAUGGCUCUACUGUGUACUCUCCUGACUCGGCAAUAUGUAAAGCAGCUGUACAUGCAGGUAUCUGUAAUGAAAAAAAUAAACAAUACUGUAAAUUUUUAAUCAUAAUUAACGAUAAAGAAGAAAAUUAUAUAGGAAAUUUACAAAAUAAUGUUUUAUCAUUAAGUCAAAAUAGUAAAAACACAAAUUCAGCAUUUUCUUUCUCUUUUUCCUCUGCAUAUGUACAAAACAUUAAUAAGCUAUACAGUUCAAUACCAAAUAGCUAUUCUAUCGUUUUUAAAAAUAAUAACGACUUAAAUAUACCAAACAAAUUCCUAGUGGAUUCAGGUGAUGUAUUCACAGAUUAUGUAAACUUUGCUUAUGGAUGGAAACAAAAAAUAUCUUUUUCAAGUCCAUUUCCAUCAUUACAAAAAAGUAUAUAUCCAAAUGGUGUUUACUCAGGAGGUAUUGAUUUUCCUCCUGCAUCAGCUAGCCAACAUUGUUUAACUCAUUUCGAUUGUCAAGCUAAUUUUUGGAAAUUUCAAACAAAUCAGAAUGGUACAUUUGCUGUUCAGGUUCUAGUUGGAAAUGUCUUCUCAAAUGAUAAUCAGAAAGCUUUUAUUGAAAUUAAUGGAAUACCUAUAAUUAAAAAUGAACUCCUCCAGAGUAAUGAGUACUUCGUUGCUGUUAAAAAUGUGCAAGUUAUCAACAGGUCCAUUAUCCUUACUUCCACCUGCCUGGAGGAAGAGUCAGUUUGCCAGAACGCAAAAACGACUAUAAUAGCCGUGCAGAUAUUGCAGGUCUAG